CUUGUUGGAUUUCACAGCUGCAUGAUGGGGUUUUCACAUAUUGGUUUAAUUGUCCUUCUGUGCGUCGGAGCAGUUUGCUGCGCCUGGGAGGAGUGCACUGUGGUGCCGGUCAGGUUGGACCGGUCAGACAGUGAAAGCGAGCCAUGGCGGACACUCUCUGCAGAGGAGGAGGAGAAGGAGGCGCAGACCAGACUGUUCCGUUUGGACGUUUUUGGGAAGCAGUUGGUUCUGCGCUUGGAGCCCGAUCAGAACUUCCUGGCGCCUGGGUUCGUGUUCCACGUCGUGGGCAGCCCGGAGUCCGGACCGGUCCGGGAAGCUGAAAGCGCCGCCGAACCUGGCUGUUUCUUCUCCGGCACUGUGAACGGAGAGGAGCGCUCCGCCGCUGCGCUCAAUCUGUGCCACGGACUCACUGGAGGAUUCUACUUCCAGGGGGAGGAGUACUUCAUCCAACCCCUAAAUUCCAGCCAGUUCCGCUCGGUGAGAAAGGAGGAGGAUGCGCACAUGGUCCGCAGGAGAAGCCGCGCAACAUUGGCGCAGGAAGGCAGCUCCAAAUGCGGGGUCAGCGAGGACGAGGAAAAGGUGCCAAAGAAUCUGGAACAGGAGGCCAGCCAUGGAGCGCCUAACGCAGACCAGACAGCCCAUACUAGGACCAGGAGGUUUGUUUCCACACCACGCUAUUUGGAGAUCAUGCUGGUGGCGGACCAGUCCAUGGCCGAGUUCCAUGGUGCAGGGCUCAAACCUUAUCUUCUUACCAUCAUGGCCGUGGCAUCCCGUCUCUACCGUCACCCCAGCAUCCACAACUCAAUCAGCCUGGCUGUGGUAAAGCUGCUAGUGGUAUACGAGGAGGAGCGAGGCCCUCAGGUAUCAACCAAUGCUGCCAUGACCCUCCGCAACUUCUGUCAGUGGCAGCGGCAGCACAACCCUCCAAGUGACCGCCAUCCGGAGCACUAUGACACGGCAGUGCUCUUCACCAGAACUGACCUCUGUGGUGCCCAUUCUUGUGACACUUUAGGGAUGGCAGAUGUUGGUACAGUGUGCGACCCUGAGAGAAGCUGCUCCAUCAUUGAGGAUGAUGGGCUGCAGGCUGCAUUUACUGUGGCACAUGAACUAGGCCAUGUCUUCAAUAUGCCUCAUGAUGAUGCCCAGCUUUGUUCAGGGGUAAACGGUGCCCACUGGAGCUCUCACAUGAUGGCUUCCACCCUGUCUAAUCUGGACCAGCUGCAACCAUGGUCUCCCUGCUCUGCCCUCAUGAUCACCAGCUUUCUAGACAACGGGCACGGGCAGUGCUUGUUAGAUAAGCCAGUCAAGCCUCAGUCACUCCCUCAACCUCUGCCAGGAAAGGUUUACAGUGCUGAUCAUCAGUGUCGCCUGACUUUUGGGGAGGACUCCCAGCACUGUCCAGAUCUGAGCACUAUGUGCACAGCUCUGUGGUGCACAGUGACCACAUCUAAUGGUUGGGUGGUGUGCCAGACAAAGAACUUCCCAUGGGCUGAUGGUACUCCUUGUGGACAAGAGGGUUACUGCCUUGCCGGGCGAUGCCUCAAUAAGACUCUGGCUGCUGAACAUCAGACUCCGGUUAAUGGUGGCUGGGGCAUGUGGGGGCCCUGGGGUGAUUGUUCUCGAACCUGUGGAGGUGGAGUGCAGUAUUCCUUCCGAUCCUGUGACAAUCCCUUACCAAAGAAUGGAGGCAAGUACUGUGAAGGCAAGAGGAUCCAGUACCGCUCCUGCAACACUGAAGUUUGUCCUGACACCAACGGCCUGUCUUUUCGUGAGGAACAGUGUUUGGUCCACAAUGAUAUGUCGGCUCAAGUGUCACUGGGUUCGGGCGGGGGUGUUGAGUGGGUGCCCAAGUAUGCUGGAGUUUCACCGAAAGACCGCUGCAAACUGGUGUGUCGUGCUAAGGGGACUGGAUACUUUUUUGUCCUCAAGCCGAAGGUGGCUGAUGGAACACCCUGCAGUCCAGAUUCCACCUCAGUUUGUGUGCAAGGCCAAUGUGUCAAGGCUGGGUGUGAUCGUAUCAUCGGCUCUAACCGGCGCUUUGAUAAGUGUGGUGUUUGUGGUGGGAAUGGAUCCUCCUGCAAGAAAGUGUCAGGCUCUCUGGAGCGUGCCAGGCCCGGUUAUCAGGAUGUUGUAACUAUUCCUGCUGGCGCUACUCACCUGGAUGUUAAACAGCGUUCUCCAGGCAAUGGUCGUCAAGAUAACAGCUACCUGGCUGUACGCCGGCAGGAUGGAACAUAUCUGUUAAAUGGUGAUUAUAAAUUGAUGACCAUGGAGACAGAUAUUGCCCUUCAAGGGGCACUGUUAAGAUACAGUGGCUCCUCUGCCACCCUGGAGCGUCUCCGAAGCUUUUCCCCACUCCCAGAACCCCUCACAAUCCAAGUGUUGUCUGUAGGCGAAGCCCCAAGGCCACGAGUUAAGUACAGCUACUUUGCCCCUAGACCCAACGAUGCCGCUUCAACCUCUAGCAACAACGCAGGCCGCCACCAGUCAAUUAAUGCCAUCCGGGAGUUUGGUGGAGCUGAAUGGACCCUGAGGGAGUGGGGUCCAUGUUCUCAGACCUGUGGAGGAGGCGUGCAACAAAGAGAGGUUGUUUGUUUGGACUCGGAAGGACAUACAUCAAGAGACUGCCCGGAGGAACUUCGACCUCUGGUGUCAAGGUCCUGUGCCUCCCAGUCAUGCCCCUCCUGGCUUCCAGGGCAAUGGUCAGAAUGCUCCAAGACCUGCGGCAGGGGCUUCCGCCAGCGUCCGCUGCGCUGCAUUGGGCACGAUGGACGUACGUUAAGCCUCGACAACUGUGACCCCAAAGACCGUCCACGGCCCCUGCUGGAAAUGUGCCAUCAGAAAGCCUGCUAAUGACUGCAUCUUUAAUUUUAACAUCUUUCAUCCCAGAUUUCUGCUACAAAGCAAAAAUACACAUUUCCCACUGACAAUGUAAAGAGGAUCGGUGAAUGUUUACAACCAGGGCUACACAUAAGACCACAACUGUUGUGAUUGUAUCUACCGAUAUUUACCCGUUCCCUUCAUCCCUUCAUCCGAGAGGCGACUGUUUAACAAACGUGGAAGCGGCAAAGACUGACCACAUCUUUACUCCUAUCCUGUCAGCAGUGGCACAUCUUAGUUUAAUUUAGCAGGAAAGACCAUGCUGCUUGCCAUGCAAACAUCAUGCUAGUUUUGUUAGCAUAUUUGUUUUGCAACGUACUUUAUAUAUAUAUAUAUAUAAUUGUCCUAGCUGGGCUGGACAUAUCAAUAGGAUUCAGUGUUGGGAGUGGCGUAGGGUGCUACAGUAUAUUGUGUAUAUAAAGAAGAAUAGCUCAUCUACUUGCUCACCCCAUCAGGUAUGGAAAACAAGAUAGCUCAUAGUGUUUAUGUUCAAACCUAAGUCAGCAUUUAUUUAUCAGAAACCUGAAGCACUUCGACUUUAUCUCUUUUUUUUUUCUUUUUUUUGUUUUUGGCACAUCAUGUUUCCCAGUUUUUCCAAAAUGCCUCAAGACUGUGUCUUUUAGCCAUAUAUUGCCUUCAUGUACACAACCUCUAAUGAGGGAGCUCAAAAGACCAAAGAGGAGAGAGCGUAUACAUGUGAGUGCGAGUGUGUGUGUGUUUAAGUGUUUAUGGGUGUGUUUGGAGACUUCAAGAGGGACUUGUCUCCUGCUACUACUUCAUAAGGAAGUCUCUCUUGCCUUCUGCGAAGGCUUUGUGUUUCAUGUUUUUUUUUUUCUUUUUGUAUAGAAUAUACAAACGUUAUUUAUUUUUGUACAGCCUGUUAAAUAUAAUCAUUGGCCUUAAAAAAUACUAUUUUUUAUUGUUACUGAGAUUACAGAAGGAUGUAGACUAUAUAGAGUAUUUAUACAAUUUUAUAAAUAUAUAUAUUUGGUCCUAGAUUCAUGAAUAAAGCAUCACUUUGACUUCUCAA